AUGCGUCUAUUAAACGCCAAAAACUUCACACUGAUCGACUUCCCAUCCCACCGAAUCCCACCGUAUGUGAUUCUCUCGCAUACGUGGGGAGCGGAAGAGAUCAGCCUCAGUGAUAUGCAAGGUCCUACCGCAAGACUAAAGAAAGGAUGGGACAAAGUCAAGUCAACCUGCGCUCAGGCGAUAAAAGAUGGAUUCGAAUACGCCUGGAUCGAUACGUGUUGCAUUGACAAAUCGAGCAGCGCUGAGUUGUCGGAGGCGCUCAAUUCGAUGUUUUUGUGGUAUACGAAUGCCGCCCUAUGCUACGCGUACUUAUCCGAUGUUCCGCGAAGUUGUGACCCUUAUCAGGAAGGCUCGGAAUUUGAGAGAAGCAGGUGGUUUACAAGAGGCUGGACCCUCCAGGAACUGCUGGCGUCACGGGAGAUCUUUUUCUUCUCGCGCGAGUGGGUGAUGAUCGGAGAGAAGAGUACUAUGACAGCGACCUUGUCUCGGAUCACCAAUAUCGACGAAGAGGUUAUCGUGGAUCCGAGCCAGCUGGGCUCAGUAAGCAUCGCGAAGCGAAUGUCCUGGGCAGCACAUCGUAAAACCACCCGCCCCGAGGACGUGGCAUAUUGUUUGAUGGGGAUCUUCUCGGUAAACAUGCCCCUGCACUAUGGUGAAGGAGGGGAACAAGCGUUUAAACGACUCCAAGAAGAAAUGAUUAGAGAUUACGACGAUAGUUUGAUAUUCGCAUGGUACGACUCUGAGGCCAAGCUUAACACUCGCCACGACUCGCUGGCCAAAUCUCCCGCGCAAUUCGCCCUCUGGAGCGAAACUGUGGCAUAUCAUGCUUCCCCGGAAGAUGUCCCUUUCGGGUGGGCCAAUGACUACGCCCAGGUAUCAGACUCAGGCUACGCAUCCAUGUCAAAUAAAGCUUUUAAGUCCGGUAUUGCAACAGAGACACAUCAGGAUAACAUAGAAGGAGUGGGCCAGGUGGCGGAAGGAAACACUGAUGAAUAUUCCUCCACUAACGCAUAUGUCACCGAGGAAGGCUCACUUGACGAUGAUGAUGCAGCCAUGGAUGAUGCCGACUCGGCAUAUUCAUUAGGCCCCUACAUUCACCCAUCCAAAAAAGAGGCAUAUAUUCUGUCACUUGCUGAAGAUCUACUAAACAGGGCCAUAACAGAGAGGCUUGAUGAAGAAACAUUGAACAAGGUCUUUGCAGUCCUCCCGAACCUUUUGAAAACAUUCGCCUCGAUGAGUGGAUCUAGUGAGUCAAUGCAAAUAUAUCGAGAUGUGAUGGUAUUUAUACGAAGGCAUAGAAGGGAGAUCUCCGAUAUGGUCAGACAAAGGUAUCUUGAUGAAAACAAGGGCCGACCCAGUGUGCUCGGCGACAAAAUGGCUAAGAUGGACUUGAACGACAUUAUGAGCAAAUGGGGUCCACACACUGACACCGAAGGAGACCCAAAUGCUCCUCCAGAGCUUCCACCAGAUAUUGCCUUCCAGGAUGAUGAUGAUGAUGAGAUAUUUGAUGAAGGAGAGCAAGACACUGAUAUCCUCCCGGAACUUUCUACAUAUAAAGAGUUUGUAUCAAAUCUUCCCUCAUACGCAUGGCUUCUACGGAAUAUCCGGAAAGAGAUUUAUUUGAGUAACAUAGGAGAGACUCAUACCAAUAUCAGGCGGGCAAUUUUAGAUUGCCUGCCCAAAGCCCAACAUGUCAGCAGAAAACAGGCGCCGCCCCGGCACACUUUGAUUCUAAUUGCAGAUUGGAAUCCAAAUACAUUUCUGGAGGAGCAAGGGUACUUGGAAAGCCCUAUGAAGGCCAUAGAGCGGGCCAUUACAAUUACUGGAUCAAGGACAGAUGCCCAAGCAGCAACAACUAUACAAUACUUGAGUCAGACAUGGCCAUCAACUGGUAUUCAUCUUCUACGUAUAGUGAAGCAUAUCGUUGUAAAUGCUGCCGGGGAACGGUAUUCAUACAAUCUUCCUGAUGGAACAAAGCUCAUUGCAUGCUUGCAAGGAUCUGAGGUCAGGCUUGAAGUGACAGGGAUUUCAGAAUGUAUCGCAGAGAUCGGAGAGCAGCUCGCUUGGCUUGGAGCAGCUCUUCGCUCGUCACCAUAUGAGACUGGAGUCGCCGUUUGCAAUGCAUUUGCUAGCGAAUUCGGGAUGGAGGAGCUGGAAGAUUCAACUUCGCCAUCAUUCUCACGAUUCUUUUUCCAUAUCAGCUUCAAUCUUGAAUUCGUCGACGAAGCCGAGAUAUCAUCAAGUGGCCAAUGCUGGCACCAGCUAUUCGGAAACCCCGUGAUAGUGAGCGGCUAUCCUGUUCUACGGCGGCCAAUGUCAAACCUAGGCAUCGAAAUCAGUCUGGAUACCAUGGCACGUCUAGUGAAAACGCAGCACAUUAACACCUUCAACAGGAAAUUCUAUAUCAAAGGAUUUUGUGUAAUGCUGGUGCCAACCCACUCCUAUGAUGAUAUCAUUGUUUGGCAUUUACUACACAAGAGGAACGGAGAACGCAUAUCGUACAAUGAGACUAUUAGCGGCCACGCCGAUAUUAGUCUGUCUGCUUUGGAAAAAAGUCGACAUAUCCUGGGUUGGUGUCCAAAGGUCCGAUAUCUUGCUGGGGCCGCCGAUGCAACUUACAGUAUUGAUAGAUCUUGGCUCAGAGGCCCUCAAGCUGAAUGCAAAUUAAAAGAUGCCCAAGUUUCUCAAGGAAAAUUGAUCCAGUCCGAUCAUAAAGCAGCCUUUGGGAAUAAAGACAAGUCACCACACGUUUCACGGGGUACCUACAAAGCCAAACUCUUUUCAAUUUCCAGAAAGUAUGUGGUGCUCUGGGAUGUCCAAGACAAACGCGGGUGGUUGGUGAAUGCAACAAGCGCACUGCUGCAUCUUCUCAGAGCCUCGAUUGAAUAUAACAAAGCGGAUGAACUUUCAAGUUGUUUCCUUUUUGAAUCGACAGACUUUAAAGAAGCCGAGGUCCCAUACACGGCUAGUGCAGCCAUCGAGGUGCUGAUGAAUACCGCAAAUCUUAAUAUGGUGCUUUACGACGAAGGUGAUCUGGAUGAAAACGUCCAGUUCCGUGUCCGUGAUCGCAUUGAGGCCUUGUAUCAAACUCUUGAGAAGAUAAUUGAUUAUCAAGAGAUGAUUGCAGGACGAAAUGGCGAGGGACUCAUAUUGAAGUCACGCAAAGAUCUUGAGGGCUGGGACUUCAAAGACAUCGCAACAAAUGAAGAUCCUAUCUAUCCCCGUCUCGCAAAGUUAAAGACUAUGGGCAAGGGAUGGGUUGACUUUACUCGGGCUAUUCAAGCUGUCACCUUGUUUGGCAGAGGCUUUCGUAAUAUAAUCGAACCUGUGAGAAACUCUGGGAUGUGUAGCCACUGGAAGGCUCUACCACCCAAUAAGUAUUAUCUGGCUGCGAGUAUGGCGGAUCUCAGCAGGAUCAUAGACCGCUUCGGUAAUCCAAGAGCAAACCCCCCGCGACUGACGGAGUCAAUUGCUUGGAAUCCUUCGAUAAUAACGUUCAAAGAGAUGCGUGAGUGCAGAGCAGAUUCUCCAUGUCAGUAUGAGCUUUCGCAGACAAUGCUGCCUUCAAAGCUGAGCCAAAGGCCUUUAAGGAGGGUCCCCUUCCCAUUAAGAGACAUCGGGGCGGUUGUCUUUGGUUAUAAUAAGGACGCUAGAUGGAUAUGGAACGACAUUGGGCAUCCUAAGAAAGGAGACCUACCAGAAUCAGAUGAGGAAUCAGACGAUGAUGAUUUUCCAAACGACAGCGGCAUUGGAUCUUCCAGUGGUAUCUCAUCUACGAUUCCUACGUAUGAGGCACAUGGAGAUCUGCGAAACGGAUCAAUAUGCAGCGCUCUUGCGCAUGAGAAUUACAAGAUUGCAAUAAUAUGUGCUCUACCAAAGGAACUGAUGGCUAUUCGGGCUUUGUUCGAUAACCUCCAGUGCGAUCUACCGCAGCAUGAAAACGAUACCAAUUCCUAUGCCCUCGGCCGAAUGGGUUAUCACAAUGUGGUCGCGGCCUGUCUUCCAUAUGAGGAGUACGGUACAAAUGCUGCUUCCAAGGUCGCCUCAGAUAUGGAAAAAAGCUUCCCCAAUGUUAAGUGGUAUUUCGUCGUGGGAAUCGGUGGCGGAGUACCAUCAACAAAGGAUGAUAUUCGGCUAGGCGAUGUAGUGGUCAGUACUGGUGUGAUUCAACACGACAUGGGCAAAACUAUCCAGGGGGGCUCGGGGUUUAACCACACAGGCAUUAUCCAACGUCCCGCCAGGUCACUGAUGACUGCAGUUAGUAUGAUCAGGUCAGACCCUCGUCUUCCUCACAACCCGCUUGGGGGAUAUGUAGCAGACAUUGUUAAACUACAGUCCGAUUAUGGAAACCCAGGCGAAGAACAUGAUCAUCUAUUUCAGUUCGAUUCUAAGCACGAAGCCGGCCAGGCUACGUGCAAAAGUUGUACGGGUCCUCGAGCUGUUCGGAAGUCGCGACCACCUGGACCACAUAUUCAUUACGGCCUCAUUGCCUCUGGCAAUCAAGUCAUCAAAGACGCAAAAACCAGAGACCGCCUUCGCGACGAUAUGAACAUCCUCUGCUUCGAGAUGGAGGGCGCCGGUGUUAUGACAACCAGUAAUUGUUUGGUUAUUCGAGGAAUAUGCGACUACGCAGACUCGCAUAAGAAUGAUGGAUGGCAUAAAUACGCUGCAGCUACUGCCGCUGCUUACACGAAGUUUUUCCUUUCCCACCUGCAGAGCUUUGAUAUGCUUAGCCGUGGUGUGGUGUAUGUGCAAAAGCGAGCAGGUUCCCUUUUUGAUGAGGAGGAAAAUGAGGCCAAGAGAUUACGAUACGAUUGGGAGUGA